AUGGUGAUAAUGAAGAAGAAGAGAAAGAAAACAAAAGAAGAAGAAGAAGAAGAAGAAGAAGAAGAAGAAGAAUUUAUAGACAGAGACAGCCCACCUGCCUGA